AUGCGUUCGGCACUUUUCUUUUUCCUGUCCCUCACGGGUGCAGCGAUCGCCAGCCCCAGCAAUGCCUCUAGUACCGAGACGCCUCACACCCGCAAGUACUUUUACACCGGCGGUCAAUACGUAGCCGACAGCGACGGCGAUCACACCUGGACCGAUCAACUCUACGUCGAACAGCUGACACCCGUCGGCGGCGCUACCAAGGAGAACCCCAUCGUUUUCAUCCACGGUCAGGCCCAAACAGGCACGAACUGGCUGAACAAGGCCGAUGGCAGCCCCGGGUGGUCGUCAUUCUUCCUGGGCCAGGGCUACCAGGUGUACAUCGUCGACCAGACGUACCGCGGCCGCUCGCCGACGACGCCGGGCCUGAGCACGUCGGCGUAUUCGGCCGAGCUGCUGCAGCAGCGCUUCACCGCGCCCGAGCUGUACAUGCUGUGGCCGCAGGCCGACAAGCACACCCAGUGGCCCGGCAACGGCACCCAGGGCGACCAGUACUUCGACGACUACUACAUCUCGACGGUCCCCUUCAUGAGCGGCGACGCCGUCGCCCAGCAGACGUCGUUCCAGAGCGCCGGCGCGGCGCUGCUUGAUCGCAUCGGCACGCCGGCCGUGCUGGUCGCGCACUCGCAGGGCGGCCUCAUGCCGUGGCUGCUGGCCGACGCCCGCCCCGACCUCGUCAAGAGCAUCGUCUCGCUCGAGCCCACCGGCCCGCCCUUCCGCGAGGCCGUCUUCUCGUCGUCGUCGUCGCGCCCGUACGGCAUCACUGAUGCGCCGCUGACUUACGACCCCCCGGUGUCUGACCCCGCGACCGACCUCGUCCAGCAGGUCUACCCGGGCAACGCGACUGCUGGUAUCUCCGAUUGUGUGCUGCAGUCGUCGAACAGCACUGUCCGCAAGCUGGUCAACCUGGAGAAGAUCCCCACCGUCCUCGUGACGUCCGAGUCGAGCUACCACGUCCCCUACGAUUGGUGCACCGUCAAGUUCCUCCAGCAGGCCGGUGUCCCCGCUGAGCAUCUUUUCCUUCCUGACGUUGGUCUGAAUGGAAACGCACAUAUGUUUUUCCUAGAAGAGAACUCUGAUGAUGUUGCUGCUGCGGUGAAUGACUGGAUCGUGAAGAACUGA